ACCAUUAAGCAGUAGCCAGCUAGCGUUAAAACUACUCACCAGUCUGCUAGGUUAGCUAGUUAGCUGUGUAAGGAUUUGUUUUUCAUUUUACGCAAAUUACAUUUUUCCAAAUCGAUUAUCAUGAAACAUCCAAAUUUGUUCAACUCGCUUUUUUAAGGGCUCAAACCAUUAUUUACUGAGAUAAGAAAAAACUUGUUGAACCAUGUCAAAAUUCAACUUCAGUUUCAGGAGAAGCGAGCGGAGGACAUUUAAGAACAUAGCUCAUGGCUUGAUCCCAGCGGCUACCAUUGCGCCCAGACCUGCCGUUCCUCGCACACCCCCUCCUCGCAGUCCCAACCCCUCACCAGAGAGACCCAGGUCAGCCCUGGCAGCAGCCAUAUUAUCAUCCUCUUUGACUGGCCGCACGGUGGCCAUUCCUCCGCCCCGCCACAGGUCCUAUUCCGAGAGCGACUGCUCACGUGAUGACGGCCAGGACGGCUUCGAGCCUUAUGCCAGCACCGCCCUCUACACCAGAGAUCAGUGGGCAGAUGCUUUGGUAGGCAGACCUCGCCUACCUUCUCCCCGACCUGAUUAUGAUGAUGAUGACGAUGAUGAGGAAGAGGAUAUAGAAGAAGAUAUGGAGAGAGAUGAAAACCAUGUGUAUCAGUCACUAGAGAGGCACAGUAGAGUCCCAGAGUUCCAGGAUGAGUAUGCUGCACCACUAAAGAAGUGCUCCACCCCUUUAAAGGUGGAUGAUGAUACUGACAACUCUGCUUUGGAAACUGUCUCUCCAUUAAACACGGAAGAGGAAACUGAUGUGGAAGAGGGAGUAGCUACAAAGCAGCCUCCAUCGCCGCUACAGCAGAGAUCCCCCUCCCACAGAAGUGUGGCAUCUUCAGAUCUGAAACAAGACCGGAAUCUUCAGUCUCCAAAGUCUCCGACCACCAGCACGCUGAAGUGGAAGACCUCAGUGAUGAUGAAGAACAGUCCAACCUGGCACAAGGAGAGAGACAGAUCAGAGGCGAGCGAGGCCUACCGCUGUGCUGUGGAGCUUCAGCAGGAGCUGCUGAAGGAGCUGAGGGAGCAGACUCAGACCCUCACAGCAGAGAAGCAGGCGCUGGAGAGGAGGUGCUGGGAGCAGAGCCAGCAAAUCCAGCACCUCCACCAACCACUCACACACUCGCCCCGCCAGUGGAGCCACUUGACAGGUGAGGGCUCCGAGUUGCAGAGUUUGAGGCAGCAGGCACAGGAGCUGGUGGAUGAGAAUGACGGCCUGAAGAUGACGGUGCAUCGGCUCAGCGUGGAGCUCAGCAGAUACCAAGCCCACUUUAGGCCGCUCACAAAGGAGGAGUAUGCUCGGAGCAGUGGCCUACCAUCCAAAGGACCUGCUCCUCCAUGGCUGUUGGAUAUGAAAUAUUUAUCACCACUGUUACUAGCUUAUGAGGACCAGCUGACAAGGAAAGACAAUCUUCUCAAGUCCUGUGAGGAAGACGUGAAGAGGCUGAGGGCACGCUCGGAGGAGGUGAUUCAGGAGAACGAGAACCUUCACGCAGAGCUGGCCACGAGAAGCAGCAUCAGUAAUAAAGAGUGGAUGCAGCUGCAAGAUCAAGCACAGCUAGUGCUGGAGGAAAAUCAGGUACUGAUAGAACAGUUGGAGCUACAGCAUACUAAAGCCAAGGAGACACACACCAAACACAUUCAGGAAGUGUGUAAGAUUUCAAAGCAGGUGAUGAUGUUGGAGGCUGAGAAGCAGGACCUGGAGGCGGAGUUACAGACGGUAUGCAAACAGCUCCACGCCCAAAAGGUGGACUUCCAGAAGGCACACACCGCCCUGGAGAACUCGGUCAGCAGGGUCGAACAUACAUCUGUCACAGAUAAACUUAAACGGCAGCUGGAGGAAGAGGGGAAGACGAAGACUGGUGAGGUGGAGGAGCUGCAGGCUUGUGUCGGCGCUCUUCAGAGUGAAAAGAGGAUUCUGCUCUUGGAGAAAACUAACCUGAGCACAGAUGUCAAACAUCUCGAGAGUGAGCUACAGCUAGCUCGCCAAGCUAACAGAAAGUCUCAGAGGCGUAUAGAUAUUUUGAAGCACCAGAUUGAAGACUCUUUAGAGAAAGAGCUCAUAGCCCAUCAGUACCUUGCCAGUGUUGUGACCCUUGCAGAAAGAACUGCACAUGAGAGAGAUCAGCUCGUACACAUGGCCACAUAUCUAGAGAAAGACAAGCAGGGUGUGCUCACCCGCAUCAUUGAGAGCACGUUACACCUUGGAAAACUACAAGAGAAGGUCAAGGUGUUCAAGCAGCAGGCGACAGCGCGCGUGUGUGCACUGGGCCGGCGUCUGCGUGAACAGGAGGACGACUUCACCGGUAGGGCUGCCACUUUCCAGCAGGAGAUCCAGCACUUGCAGGUGCAGCUCCGUGACCGGCAGGAGCAACUCUACGGAGCACUGCAACAGAAGAGAGAGGUAGAGAAUGAACUGGAGGUGAUGUGGGAAGCCACAACCAGAGAGAGCCGCCAUCUGCAGAGCAUGGUGACGGGAAGCAGGAGGGUGGGCCGGUCCUUGAGCCGCGACGCUGUGACUCCUGCCCUGGCUCCUGGCUCCAGCUUGUCCCCUGCCUGGAAGCUGUGUGUGCAGGACAGUCUUCAUCAAGUGGGCCAGCCUGCUAGCACAGCGCCCCCUGCCUUCUGCUCGAAGCAGAACAGCUUCCCACUUCCUCUGCAGCGCAGCCCAAUGUUCGAGUCCGAUUCGGACCAGCACCAGAACCCUUCAUCUGAUGAGAGUGAGAAGAAUGGACUGGAUUUCUAUUCUUGACACACUAAGCUGACAGGUCUAACAAGAGCGCUUACUUACCUCUGUUAGUUGUAGCAGUAGUUCUGCUACAACGAGAGCCAAAUGUGUAGCAGAUGUGCAACCUAAUGUUUUUCUGUGGUUGCCAGGAUGAAUUUUGUUCUCUGUGUAGUCCAUCUUUUCUGUUUUAGUGCGUUCUCCUAGCCUGGUAGAAAGGUAUGGCUCACCAACAGUCAUGUCUUCACGUUCAUUUUACUGUAUUCAUUCACUUGUAGGUACAAACCAUUUUGGUUGAAAUUUAAAGUUGUUUUUUCAUACCUCUUCCAGUCUUCAACAAUAUUUUAAUUUCAAUGAAUAAUUUUUAACUUUGACCUACCAUAAUGUGUGUAAGAGAUUUUCAGGGGCUCACACUUACAAAUACACUUAUUUUCUCCUAUAUCAAGCUAUUAGUUGCUAGAGCUUUUUAAUGAUCUCUUUCCAGUUUACUUAACUCCAGUUUCUAACAGCUUGUACUUCACUGUCAUUGCCGUUUUCACGUAGCUCAGUUUCCUGAACCCUACAUGCUGGAGUGUUUUGGCUAUGUGUAAAUGGCUGAAAAAAUGUGGAUGUAGCUACUCCAUGUUGGUGUCCUAGACUAAGGCAGUGUUCGAUUGUAAUGUUAUUCUCUCUCUACAGACAAGUACAGAGGUCCAGAUCAUUGCUUUCAUUAUCUUAAUCUAAUGAUCUUGUCUGAAUGAUAUGCUAAUGUUGUUCUUUUGUAAUUGCAAGGAGAUGGACAGAAUGCUAAAGCAAUUCCCUUGAAGCGUUGCCAAGGCAUUUUUAAAUCAUAAGAACCUGUUCAGUGAUUUGAAUAAGAGACCAAAGUUGAUUUGCUUUUAAUAUUCUGGCCGUGUGUCUACUGAUGUCAUGUUAAAGUAUCGUCUGAGAUUCUCUUUUAAAAAUGGGCCACACCCAUUAUGCGACUUUUCUGUCAUUAGCCAAAUCACUUUUUUCAUAUAUUGCCACGUACGUUAUGCCAGUCUUUGUUUUAAUGUAUUUAUUUUUAAUUUUCUAAUAUAUUUUUUUAUUUUCCACAAUUUUACAUUUCUUAAUGCUUGUUUUGAAAUAUUAUAACUUGUACCACAGCAUGCAAUUUAUAGGCAUAAUUUUUAUAUGUAGGCUAAAACGGUGAAAUACAAAUAUUUUUCU